AUGGGAAGCUUUUUCUCUCACCCUACAGGAGCCGAAGUCCUGAAAAAGAAUCAGGAGUAUAUUUCAGAAAUGAAUAAAAUAAAGAUGGAACGUUGGAUUCAAAUGCAUUAUCAGAUCAAAGAACGAGAAACUGCACUGCAGAUUUCUCGAGCAAGAGAACUAUUCUAUUGGUUAGGAUCAUUCUACUGCGUGGCAACAGUUGGUUUGAUCGGACGGUAUAAUUCCACCCGCAGGUUCGCCGUCUUAGGACCGAUAGUACCUCUCACAUUCUUGGUGGCUUACUAUGCGGAUCUGGCAUACGGCACAAAAGUUCAUCGAAUAAUAGCCGAAGCUGAAAUGAUAAUGCAACACGAACCCGAGCUGCUCGAAUGGCCCAGCGGGCUUCCUACGGUGUCGGAAAUCGAUUCUGCUCGGAUGGAGAACGACGAUAAGGUUCGCUUGCAUCCACAUCAACUGUAAGAGAAAAGUUAACAUAACGAUAACGAUACAUACUGCUGUAGUAGUAACUGCUCACGUAUGUAAACCGAUGCAUAAUCACAUAUAGGACGUUUCUGUCGC